CGGACAGCAGCUGACCUUCCCCCACAUCCCCCGCCGCCGCACCCUGAGUGAGUCCCUGGCUGCAGCCGCCAUUCCUUUUCGGCGCGACCGCGCGAGAAAGAAAAGGCUUGCCACCUCCGCCGCGCCCGCGAUUAGUCCGCCUCGCCGGCGCCGCCAGGCCGGUCAGGAUGUCGAAGAAGAGGGGACUUUCAUUGGAGGAGAAGCGGGAGCAAAUGCUUCAAAUAUUUUAUGAGAGUCAAGACUUCUAUCUGCUCAAGGAGCUAGAGAAAAUGGGUCCUAAAAAGGGAGUGAUCAGCCAGUCCGUGAAGGAUGUGGUGCAAAGCCUGGUGGAUGAUGAUCUUGUUUUGAAGGACAAAAUUGGGACUUCUGUGUAUUUUUGGAGUCUUCCAAGUUGCGCCGGUAACCAGUUGAGGAGUACUUACAAUAAGCUGGAAUCUGAUCUUUCAAGCUCUAAAAAGCGUUACAUGGAGCUUGUUGAACAGAGAGACAACCUGAGAAGAGGCAGGGAAGACUCUGAAGAGAGGGAAGCUGCUUUGGAGGAGCUGAAGGCUGUAGAGCUACACCAUAAGAAGCUCAAGGAGGAACUGGCUGCAUAUGCCGAUAGUGAUCCAGCUGCACUAGAAGCAAUGAAGGAUGCUAUAGAUGUUGCUCAUUCAGCAGCUAACAGGUGGACAGAUAAUAUCUUCACUUUGCAACAAUGGUGUUCAACUACAUUCCCGCAAGCAAAAGAGCAACUUGAACAUAUGUACAGGGAGGUGGGUAUAACUGAAGAUUUUGAGUAUCUGCAGUGAUGUUCAACAACCUGCCCUGUUACAGCGUUGUAUGUAAUCUUGCUCGCCACAGAAUGUUGGAUCUACCGUAGGUACAAGUUAAUCCGUGUUGGUGUUAUGUGAGCAAUUGGCGCAGUUGUCCACAGUACAUGGUUUUAGUAUAUUUCACAUGUUUGAUAUGCGAAUCAGAUGCCUACUGAAUGUUGUCAGGGAAAAUGUUCCGGCUCAGCUGGAUGCCAGUGAAUGAUAUGAUCUAGAUGCAUCUAGACUCAAAGGCAGGCGAGAUUCUAUGACAAGGGCUGAAAUUUGUCAUAGGGAAAUGUAGGUACCAUAUGUAUGUAAAAUUGCAAAAAUAGAUUAAACAGGGUGAUAAGAAUCACCAGCUUUCAAUCUUUUCCAUGCCUCAUGAAGUCGUGAAUUGUUACCUUCCCAUUUGUAGCAUUCUCCUGUAAUACUUCAAAACUUUAUCAAAGUCUUGACUUUAUCCUA